GUCACUUUUUUCGCCAGCGCCUUUCUCACCACACAAUUUCGUUCGCAUUUGUGGGUGGCGGCGGUCGAUUUGCGCUGAUUUUUGGCAGAGAAAAACGCAGCUCGCUGUUUUCACAUAGCACAAAAAGUACACUUGUUUCGUUUGCAACCAACCGGAGCCGCUGAAAACCAUCAAGAUGAUGUCCGAAUACUGGAUUAUCUCGGCCCCUGGCGACAAGACCUGCCAGCAGACGUACGACACGAUGAACAACCUGACCAGCAAGCAACACAACCUGUGCAAUAACUACAAGUUCCAUAUACCAGACCUCAAGGUUGGAACCCUGGACCAACUGGUCGGCCUCUCCGACGAUCUGGGCAAGCUGGACACCUAUGUGGAGCAGAUCACCCGCAAGGUGGCCAACUACCUGGGCGAGGUGCUGGAGGAUCAGCGGGACAAGCUGCACGAGAACCUGAUGGCCAACAACAGUCCUGGGCCACCCGACGACAGCAUGCCGUGUCGCCACCACCAGCGCAUCAAGCAUCUCAGCCUGCGACACCAGCGAAAACACCAGCACACGCACCACCAAAACAAACCCCAACACUACCAUCACCACCACCAUCACCACCAGCUGCCGCAGGAUCUCAAGGGUAAAUCCGCAGUCAGCUCUUCUCCCGCCUGUUCUCCUCCUGCGCCACCCAAUCUUCCUGCAACCGCAACCGCAACCGCACCCGCUGCCUGUGCCUGUGCUAGCGAUGCCCCAGCCUCCGGCGGCAGCCUGACUAACCUAUCGACGGAGCCGGAGCCGGAAUUCGAUGCCGAUGCCUGUCCGUGCGACGAGUGCUUCGCCUGUGCCCCGCCGAGCACCAGUGCCACGGCCAGCACGCUCCUGGCGGAUGAGUGCUACUCGCAGACCGCCUCCUCCAUGCUGAGUGCCACCCGGUGUGCGUUGUCUACGGUGGCGGCCAUUGCCACUGGGAGCGGAUUGGGCAGCGGACCGAGCACGAGUGCAGCGGCCGCUGCAGCUGCCUCCUCCUCCUCGGGAGGCAUUGGUGGCAAUCCCGCCUCCUGCUCGACGCUCUGCUCCUCGGCAUACUUCUCCACGUCGGCGCCCACGACCAGCAGCUCGGUGCACAGCAGCAUGUCCCGCUCUAACAGCAAGCGGCUGAAUAACAACACUUGCAGCAUCAACAAUAACAAGCUCAGCUUUCGCAGCGGCAGUCAUGUGAGCCAGCUGCAUUUGGCCACGCAUCCGCAUUCGCAUGCAAAUCCUCUCCAGUCGCCCACGCAAAAGUCCCUGUCCGUGGAGGACGAACUCGAGGGCGAGGCGGCCGGAAAUGCCCCCGAAGAUGGGGAGACGGAUGAGGCGGAUCCCAAGAGUCCGCACAGUGUGCAGUCCGAUCUGUCGGACACCUUCGACUGGUGGUUCAAUAAGCCCAAGCGUAACUCUAAGAAGAGCAGUGCACAACAACAGCAACACGAGACAGCAACACCACUGACAACACCACAGCAACACCAACAGACACAACAAAACACCAACAGCAACACCAACAACAACCACAAUUACAACCUAUCCAAAGCAAUGACAUUUUGGCAUCAAGCAUCGACCACACCGCGCUCUAGUUAUCGCUCUUUCUUCAAUUCUCUUGCCGAUCAAAUUUAUAGCAAACGUUCUACACCGAGUCAAUUAAAUAUAAACAAUGGAUUUAAUUUAACACCAACACAUAGAUCGUCUCCAGUGAGUAGUUGUUGUGGCAGUAGUAGCCAGGGGCGAUCCAGUCCGGACACGGAUCCCGCCGAGCCGCCCGAGUUUCCGCUGAGUCCAGCCGAACUGCCGCAGUACUUGACCCGCUUCCAGUGGGAUAUGGCCAAGUACCCGAUCAAGCAGUCGCUGCGCAACAUCGCCGACAUUAUCUCCAAGCAGAUCGGCCAGAUCGAUGGCGAUUUGAAGACCAAGUCCCAGGCGUACAACAACCUCAAGGGAAAUCUUCAGAACCUGGAAAAGAAGAAGACUGGCAGCUUGCUGACCAGGAAUCUGGCUGAUUUGGUCAAGAAGGAGCACUUCAUCCUGGAUUCGGAGUACCUGACCACCCUGCUGGUCAUUGUACCCAAGGUCAUGGCCAACGAGUGGCUGACCAACUACGAGAAGAUCACCGACAUGAUCGUGCCCCGCUCGUCGCAGCUCAUCCAGGAGGACAGCGACUACUGUCUCUUCAACGUGACGCUCUUCAAGAAGGUGGCCGAGGAGUUCAAGCUCCAUGCCCGAGAGCGCAAGUUUAUUGUGCGCGACUUUGUCUACAACGAGGAGGAGUUGGCCGCCGGCAAGAACGAGAUGACCAAGCUGAUGACGGACAAGAAGAAGCAGUUUGGUCCCCUGGUUCGCUGGCUGAAGGUGAACUUCAGCGAGGCCUUCUGCGCCCUCAUCCACGUAAAGGCGCUGCGCGUCUUUGUGGAGUCCGUGCUGAGAUACGGCCUGCCCGUCAACUUCCAGGCCAUCUUGAUCGAGCCCAACAAGAAGAGCGUGAAGCGUCUGCGCGAUGUGCUCAACCAGCUGUACGGUCACCUGGAUGGUGCCUCCGCCGGCGGUGCUGUCAGCAGUGCUGAUAACGUGGACAUCCCCGGCCUCGGCUUUGGACAGUCCGAGUACUUCCCCUAUGUGUUCUACAAGGUCAACAUCGAUAUGGUGGAGCAGGCCAAGGUCUAAGAUCGCCCGCCGUCCGCCGACAUUGCAUACAUCCAGCCACACAAAAUACACUUUAAUACAAACCAACAAAAACCAACUUAAAAUCAGCUGAACCAUUCGCAGACAUCUAAUGAAACAAAAUUAAUAGAUUACUUUAAAUAAUUUUAGUCAUUGUUAUCUAAUUAUUGUUGUUAUUUAUGUUGCGCGUUGCCGAUAUCUGUUAAUCCAAUCAACUUCCGGUUCGAGAAAUCGAGACGCGCGUCAGCAAGUCAAACAGAAAAUUGAACAGAUCUUGUAGAACUCCCCGAUUGUUCUUUGUCCCCUCUUCAGUUCGCUAAACAGUAUUUUAUGUUUUUCUUAUGCCUUACUAUGAUUAUGAUAUGAUGAAUGAACAGAGUGUUUAACCCGUAGCCAAAUUUACACACAUUGUCGCUGAAGCCCCGGCUUUAAUUCUCCUUUUUCGUUUGUUUUUGGUAGCUAUACAAUAAACAUUUGAGUUACAUUUUGUUUUAACAAUCACUUCGUCUCGUUUCGUUCGUGCUUGUGCUCCACUUGGUAUCUGUAUCCGUGACUAACAGCAAGACAUACAAAAACAUGCCCAAAGUAAAUUUAAGCCCCAAAAUGGUGUCGCAAAUCGCAAACAAAACGUUUCCUAAGGAACUAACAAAUUUCCGAUGCAAUGGUGCGUUUCGACUAAAGACAAACUAUUAAUUAACGGAUGUAUUGUAUUUAUAAAUGUUGCCUCGAUAUCGAAAGUUUAUAAACAAAAAUCCUGCGCGCUGUUUGCAUACUAUACUAAUCGCUGAGGAGAACCGCUCGAGCAUUUCGUGGUUCUGUCUGUUCUGUUUAACCCCCGUGUGUGCGUUAACCCACUAAAAAGCGAAGAGGGUCCAGCACAUGAGAUAUGAACAAUAAUAUUCUAUUCGUAUGUAAAGUUUUUCAGUUUUUCCUAUUGCUAAAUCGAGAAUUGUGUACCGAGUUAAGCGAAACGUGAGAGAGAUACAGUAUCUAUAUAUAAAUAUUUUAAAGUUAUGCAUACUAUGUGUAAAAAAGAAACGAAAGAAACCAUGUAAAUGUCAUUGCGUUAUAUAAGGUGCAAUUAAGCCAUCCUUGUAAAUAAUUAUAAAGAAAGAAAGACAUUCCCAA